AGCAGAGUUGGAAGGGGCCGAGAAGGCCAUCGAGUCCAACCCCCUGCUGUUGCAGGACACCAAGUCACACCAUCCCACUCAGAUGACUUGAAUGCCUCUAGUGUGGGAGAACUAAACACUUCUCCAGGCAGCUGAACGAAGGAACUGCUGAACUUACCCCAUUCACCCAGCCACCCACCCCCUGGCACGUGCGCUGGAGACCUUAUGCAACAAAGGGACCGAGGGGCUAAACCCAGAGCGUCUUCUGUGCUGUGGGCUCCUCUGGAAAGACCCACAUCCUCUGCAGAGUGACCACGGCGAGACGGGGGAGCCAUGGCUGCUGAGGCUGAAACCCCGGAGGAGCACCCCCCCGAUCCUCCCCCAGACUCACGCUGGAAACUCCUUGUCUUCUACCUCUGCUUCUAUGGCUUCAUGAGCCAAAUCAAACCUGGUGAGAGCUUCAUCACCCCUUACCUGUUGGGAACAGAGAAGAACUUCUCCAAGGAACAGGUCACCAAUGAAAUCAUCCCCGUGCUUUCCUACUCGUACAUGGCAGUGCUGGUGCCCAUCUUCCUCCUGACGGACUAUUUGCGAUACACGCCGGUGCUGCUGCUUCAGAGCAUCAGCCACAUCUCCAUCUGGCUGCUGCUGAUCUUCGGGACCAGCAUCCUUGCCAUGCAGUUCAUGGAGUUCUUCUACGGGGUCACGCUGGCUGCUCGGGUGGCCUACUCCUCCUACAUCUUCUCCCUCGUCACCCCGUCACGCUACCAGCGCAUGGCCAGCUACUCGCGCUCCGCGGUGCUGAUGGGGGUCUUCAUCAGCUCCACGUUGGGGCAGCUCUGCGUCACCGUUGGGGGUGUCACCUUCACAACCCUGAAUUACGUCUCCCUGGGCUUCAUGUGCUUCGGGCUCAUCCUGACUUUCUUCUUGCAGCGCCCCAAGCACAGCCUCUUCUUCAACAGGCGUGAGCCCGUGUGCAACGGGACCUCGCCUGCUGAGCUGGACAGAAUGAACCCGGGGACCCCUGGGGAGCCAGGAUGGCACAGGCAGGCCUCCGCGUGGAAGAACCUCGUCCUUUUCCGGAUGUUGAAGGAGCUGGCUCACAUCAUACGGGUGCCGCAGCUGAGGCUCUGGUCUCUCUGGUGGAUAUUCAACUCCGCUGGCUACUACCUGAUGGUGUACUAUGUGCAGAUUUUAUGGAAGGAGGUUGACCCCACCAGCGAUUACAGGAAAGUCUACAAUGGAGGUGUGGAAGCUGCUUCUACGCUUCUCGGUGCCAUCACCUCCUUUUCUGCUGGCUACGUGAAGAUCCGUUGGAAGUUGUGGUCUGAGCUGGUGAUUGCUGUGGCGACAGCAUUCCAGGCAGGCCUGCUUUUGCUGAUGAACACAACCACCGAUAUCUGGGUGUGCUAUGUGAGCUAUGUCCUUUUCAGGGGCUCCUACCAGUUUCUUGUGCCUAUAGCCAUUUUCCAGAUUGCUGCUUCCUUGUCCAAAGAACUCUGUGCCUUGGUGUUUGGAAUCAACACUUUGCUUGCCACCAUCCUCAAGAGCAUCAUCACUGUCAUCAUAACCGACAAGAGAGGCCUGGCUCUUUCAGUCCAUCCUCAGUUUUAUGUUUACUUUGGCUACUUCACACUCCUGGCUGUGAUAUAUUUUGUGGCGUCCAUGAUUGUGGCAGUGCGGCACAAAGUAUGCCGGAAAACUGAAGAGGCAGCACCGGCCAACGAGCUCAACAGCCCGGUUGAGGAAGUCAUUGGCAAGGGCAAGUGCACAGAGCAGGCUAGCUCUGAAGCCUGAGAGAUACAGCAGGUGGAGGAAAAGACAGACCCAGCCUGUGCACUUCCAGUUGGGAGGUGAUCAGUGGAACUCCUGUGACAAUCAGCACUUAAGGGGCCCUUGCAGCAUUGAUCUCCAGAGUGCAAUGACACUGCAGGGACCAAGAAGGGGAAAUGCCCUGCUUGGUUUGACGGAGGGGUUGGUACCAGGCAGUUUCCCUCUGGCAGACCAGUUUCCCUGCUUGUUCUGAGUCUUGGGCAUGUACUCUGAACACGCUCUUCCGUGUGCACCAUCACCUCAUGGAGGUAUUUGCCAAUAUUAUGCUUGGGCACUCCAGUGAUUGUAGGAUAUGAUUUUAAACUUGGACAUUCACCCUUCUAGCCUGCAAAUGAACCAGCAUAUCAAGAUAGAUGCAAACACUUUUAAGACAUUAACCUUUUAUUAAGCAUACCUAUAAAUUUGAUACUGAUUAUAUUCUGCUGGGACUCAGUUGUGUUAAUAUUUCCCCCUUUUCAAGAAAAUAGAGUUAAUUCUUUAAGUUUGCCUUUUAGGCUUCCAGUCUUCCCUGCUCUAGAAAUCCUGCUCUUGAGAGGGAGGUCAGCCACUCCAAAGCAAGCCCUCAGUUCUGCUGGGUGGUGGCAAUGACUGGGAGAAACGGGAGAAAUGAGAGUCAUGCCAGGAUCUCUUGCAGAUUUAGCUCACCUUUGAGGCCUCAGCUGUUUGCUUUGCUCCAAAAUCAAUUCUUACUCUUCUUUCCCUUGCCUCCCCAAUCCUAUUCCUCCAUUAUUUCCAAGCCAUUCUGACUGACCAAGAGCAUAUUUACUGAGGCCAAACAGUGUUUGAGAAAAGGGUGAAUUAGGAGUUCAGCUGACCAUGUGCAGUCAAUGCUGAUUAAGUUUCUAAGCUAGCUUGGAAUGUGUCUGGUAUUACUUUCAAGAAAGAGGAAGUAAAUGGAUUUUCUAGACCAGACAUCCAGUGGACAUAAUUAAAGAGGUGCAAGUAAUGUAGAACUUUUGGCAUUAGAAGCUUCCUGUUCCCCCACUGGCUCCCAAAGGCAAUACUUGAAAGACAUGCUGCACAUGCCAGGAGGUAUCCUUUUCCUCCUUCCCAUACUUCAGGAUUGAGCUGAGCCAAGAUUGCAUUUCAGCCCUCUACCCACACAGGGAGCUCUCUACACUUUCAUGCAUAGGCUCAAGAGAAGAUUAAAAGAGGAUACUUUCCUUUAUUCAGUGCUUUUAGAAAACAGUUUAUAGAACACAACACACAACUGACAAAGAUAGAGAGAUCCACAGGCUUUAAAAACUGCAUUCAAUUCUUUCACUUUCGCAUUCAAUUUUUUCACAAAAUACAGUAGACAGAAAUAGACUGUGUGACUUGCACAGAUUUCGUGUUGACAGCAAACCCCCCAAAAAGCUAUAGAAAUUUAGCACCUUUCUUUCUCACAUCCAACUCAAAUGUUCAUACAUUCCUGUUCAAAACAGAGCUGGGAUGCCCCAAGCCUCUGCCUUGAAGUGGCAGAGGUUGAGUCAUGCUGGAGCCUACAGGCAGGGAAGGCCUCAAGGCUUGGCUUUGCUGUGCAUCCGGCCUGAAGAUGGCUUAAAUGCUGACGGGCUGUGACCCUGCAUAGCUGUGAUUUUGGGUAGUGAGGAAAGCCGGACUGGACUUAAGCUGCCUGUACUGCAGGCUGUCCUUUCCAGACUCUGCAACAGCAGCACGGAGCCAGGCACCUCCCUGCUUAAUGCGUUGAAAGCGCGGUUGUGUGUGCAGCAGCUGAGAACAGCUUGGACUGAGGGGCUCCUACUGUAGCACUGAAAGGAGUGGGGUUGAGGUGGCUGUUGGUUUGAAGGGGGUAAGUCUUUCCUAACUCUGAUUUGGGAGCAAAUGCAAACUGGGGUUUGGGGCCUGAAACAAAUUCAGUAAGGAUUUGGGAGAACUAUAAAUGGAAGAUUACAGUCAUUACUUGCUGGAAGGCAGCUUCUUCAGGGCCCAUGGAGCCUGACUGCCUGUGCUUAAGGGGUAAUGGUUCUCCAGUGUCUUGGUUCGCAUUAUCUGUUAUCAGAUACUUGUGAGUGAAGAUUUCCACCCAGGACCUCCUGCGUGCACGGCAUGAACUCCACGGAGCUGUGGUGUCUUGCCAACAAGCUGCAGGACAAGGAGUGUCAGCAGGUGUGCUCUAGGGUUCUGAAAACUAAUGUGAACUCCAGGAGUUCAGCAUCAAUCCAUUCUUCUGUAAAAAGAUAGAAGACUAGACAAGAGAAAUGUUUAAAAACACUUUAAAAUGAAUGCAUGGAAACUUUGGAUUCAAUUCUACUUCCGCUCGGCCCCUAAGGAGAAUGCAUUAAAUCUUACAUAAGGCUGUUAGCAUGGCUGACCUGAAGCUUACAGAGCUAGAUAAAGGGCAAAAGGUAUGUGGGAAAGAAGCAUACUUGUGGUCUUAAUCUUACAGUCCUGGGUAUGUCUUAUCAGAGGAUACUGCAAAUUCAGCAACAGAAAUUGCAACUGGGCCAUGACAAGAACAGUGCUAUUUGCUUCUACAGCCAGGAAUGGAACGGCAUCAGCAACUAGUUCAGCCUGCUAGUGUGUCAGGCAGAGCUGGGGGAAAACAGCUAUUCAACAAGCCCCAACAAUUAUUUGCAGAGGGACAAACGGCAGGACAGAUUCCUGGCUCUUGACGGCAGGGGUGCAGGGAGAGGCAGGAAUUUUGUCCCUCCUGCUGCCCUGGGCAGCCACAGAAAAACCACUUCAGUGUUUAUACACACCUUUGGCUGUGGCCCAGUGCUGUCUAAGUUUGUGUCAUUAGCACCAUACUCGCAAUCUAAAGGUAGGCUGUGCCCAGAGGGCCUGGCGGGCAGAGAUGGCUACAGGCUGUGCCCACAAGAAUUCACCCCAAACGGCAGCACCGUCACCACCUCUCUGCUUUUGGACGGCCAUCUUAUGUUUAGCCCACCACAAUAAAUAGCAUUCCUGAUGCACACCACUUA